AUGGGGAAUAGAACCGAAGAGGAUUAUAACUUCGUCUUCAAGGUGGUGCUGAUCGGCGAGUCGGGCGUGGGGAAGACCAACCUGCUCUCCCGGUUCACGCGCAACGAGUUCAGCCACGACAGCCGCACCACCAUCGGCGUGGAGUUCUCCACCCGCACGGUCAUGCUGGGCACCGCCGCCAUCAAGGCGCAGAUCUGGGACACGGCGGGCCUGGAGCGCUACCGCGCCAUCACCUCCGCGUACUACCGUGGUGCCGUGGGUGCCCUCCUGGUGUUCGACCUCACCAAGCACCAGACCUACGCCGUGGUGGAGCGCUGGCUGAAGGAGCUGUAUGACCACGCGGAGGCCACCAUCGUCGUCAUGCUCGUUGGGAACAAAAGUGACCUCAGCCAGGCCCGGGAGGUGCCCACGGACGAGGCCCGCAUGUUUGCUGAGAACAACGGGCUGCUCUUCCUGGAGACCUCAGCCCUGGACUCCACCAACGUGGAGCUCGCCUUUGAGACCGUCCUCAAAGAGAUCUUCACAAAGGUGUCCAAGCAGAGGCAGACCAGCACCCGGACCAACGCCAUCACGCUGGGCAGCGCCCAGGCUGGGCAGGAGGCAGGCACGGGCGAGAGGAGGGCCUGCUGUAUCAGCCUCUGA